GAAGUGGGCGGCAAGAUGGCGGCCAACAUGGUACGGCUGCGGGCCGGCGCGUGGGGCCCAAUGCGGAGGUCGGGGCUUGCGGUCUACAGGCAGUUCAGCAGUGGUGGCGCCGGCGGCGGCUACCCGGGCGUGCCCCUCACGCAGCCGCUGCCCGGCCUACCCGCGCCCGCCUUCGCCGCCGUGGACGGGCAGGAGAAGUUCGAGACACGGGUGACGGCGCUGGACGGCGGGCUGCGCGUGGCCUCGCAGAACAAGUUUGGGCAGUUCUGCACCGUCGGGGUUCUUAUAAAUUCCGGAUCAAGACAUGAAACCAAGUACCUCAGUGGCAUUUCACACUUCUUGGAAAAGCUGGCUUUCUCUUCAACAGCCCAGUUUGGCAGCAAAGAUGAAAUACUCCUCACCUUGGAAAAGCACGGAGGCAUUUGUGACUGUCAGGCAUCGAGGGACACCACCAUGUAUGCUGUAUCAGCUGAGGCCAAGGGUCUGGACACUGUGGUCAAUUUACUGGCUGAUGUUGUGCUACAGCCCAGGUUAUCAGACGAAGAAAUUGAGAUGACUCGAAUGGCCGUUCGGUUUGAGCUGGAAGAUCUGAAUAUGAGACCUGAUCCAGAGCCUCUGCUCACAGAGAUGAUUCAUGCGGCUGCAUACAGGGAUAACACUGUGGGGCUCAACAGAUUCUGCCCUGUGGAAAACAUUGAGAAAAUGGAUCAGAAGAUCCUCCACUCUUACCUGAAGAACUACUAUACGCCUGACAGAAUGGUGCUGGCAGGGGUUGGGAUCGAGCAUGAGCAGUUGGUGGAGUGUGCCAAGAAGUACCUGGUGGGAGUAAAUCCAGUUUGGGCCAGUGCUAAAUCCAAGGACAUCGACAGAUCAGUUGCACAGUACACGGGAGGAAUCAUCAAGGUUGAAAAAGACAUGUCAAAUGUGAGCCUGGGCCCUACUCCAAUCCCUGAGCUGACCCACAUCAUGAUUGGGCUGGAAAGUUGCUCAUUUUUGGAGGAUGACUUCAUUCCUUUUGCUGUGUUAAACAUGAUGAUGGGAGGAGGUGGCUCCUUUUCUGCUGGAGGGCCUGGCAAAGGCAUGUUUACACGUCUGUAUCUCAACGUACUCAACAGGCACCACUGGAUGUAUAAUGCAACCUCCUACCAUCACAGUUAUGAGGAUACAGGCCUUCUAUGCAUUCACGCUAGUGCAGAUCCUAAACAGGUCCGAGAAAUGGUUGAAAUCCUUACGAAGGAGUUUGUUUUAAUGUCAGGAACAGUGGGAGAGGUAGAACUUGAGCGAGCAAAGACCCAGCUGAAAUCUAUGCUGAUGAUGAACCUGGAGUCACGGCCAGUUAUCUUUGAGGAUGUAGGAAGGCAAGUGCUGGCCACAAGCACAAGAAAGCUACCUCAUGAGCUCUGUGAUCUCAUCAAUAACGUGAAAGCUGGUGACAUCAAGAGGGUGGUCACGAAAAUGCUUCGGAACAAACCGGCAGUGGCUGCGCUGGGAGACUUGACGGAAUUGCCCACGUAUGAGCACAUUCAAGCAGCACUUUCCAGUAAGGACGGACAACUCCCCCGGAUGUAUCGCCUCUUCCGGUAAAGCUUCAAUCCCCAUGUGCCGUCCAGAACGAGAGACUUGCCAGUAUCUGAACACAACAUUGACUGGAUUAUAAUAUCACGGCAAAAAACAAUGAUUUCUGUGUAUCCUGUGCCAUACAGGAUUUCUCUAUAGCUGAAACUAGAUUGCAUCGUAUCUUCUGAAUGGAAGGCACUUGUGAUGGUGAGGGUGGACAGGCCCAUCCUGAUGGUUUGGCCAGCAGAAUAAAUAACUGCAGAAGGUAGGACAUGCUGGACUUUCCCUUGGCACCAUACAUUGAAAUGUGGCAGCGGAGCGAGCAGUAACCACCGACAUAAAACUGCUGCAAGGAGCAGAGAAAACAUUCAGAGAACUAUUUCCUCAUCCAGCUUGAAUGCUGAUGGUUAAUAACUCCAAAUCUUUGGCCCUCCUUGGUAAAGAAUUAGAUUUUGGUAGAGUUAUAUUUCAUGGUUGGGCUGGCUCCAGUCACACCCGUUUUCCCAUUCAAACUCGGUGUCACAGGCAGAUGAAAGGGCUGUUCUAAGUACUAUUCAUCUAACAUUUCCUGGUCCAGAAGAUACAGCUAUAACGAAGCUGAACAGCUGAUUCUAGAAAAAUCUGUCCCUGUAACAGUCUGCUGAGUUCCCCCUUCCAUUGUAGAGAUCAGCUGCUGUUGUAAAAGCCUUGCCAUAUUGAUGAUCGUUUCUGCAGUCUUGUUUGAGUAGGUAGCAUCAGGAGUACCUUGUUUCACUGUACCACUCCAUCUCCACUUAUGCUGGUCAUGCUGAACUUUUCCAUAAAGGGUGAAGUCUUGCAGAUGCUUCAUAUACAAUUAUGUUGACCUUGCAGCAUAACUAAUAGGUUCUUGAGACACGUCUGCAUAAGGAGAACUUUCCCAAUCGCUGUUUUUGAAUAACCCCAUACAUGGGCACGCUUAUCCUGGAAUAAGUGUUCUUGUUUAGCUUAUUUUAUUUUAAAAGCAGAUUAUAGGAACAGGAAUAAAACAUUUGUAUUCCAGGAUUAGCCUGUCCACACAGAAAGUCAUUCAGAAACAGCCAUGUAUGUUUGACACAGAUUAACUGUUAAGGAUAGACAGGCUUUUACCAAUGGAGAACUGCCUUCUACUAAACUAUCUGCUUCCACAGGAAAAAUUAAGAUGAAUUAAAAUAAAGGUUAGUAAAGAAGUGAUGACUUGUAUAAGUCAGUCUUUUAGGAGACAUCAUUUUACAGAAAAACAUGAGUGCAAUAGUAACAAGUUUAAGCAAACUUCUCUACACAUAUGAAGAACCAUCAAUUAAAGGGGGAGGUGUAAUACUGGACAUUAUACAGUCAUCUGGCACAUCUAGGCAUUGUUAUUCAGAGAAGUCAGGUGCUGCUCGGUAAUCAACUUAGUGCAUAAAUGAACAGUGGUCAGCCCGGGAGUAGAACACUCAUUGGCAGCUUCUGCUUCUUCCAUGCGACACCAAUCAAAUGACUGGAAGUCAUACAAUCCACACCAUGCAGAAUUGUCCCACCAUGUUGCUGUUGAAAAAUUAAGCUUUCAUUGGAACAAACAGUUUGAUCAAUUCCCAGCCUUGUCUUGUCAGUUGUGGUGCACAUCUUUGUAAAGGAAAUAAAGACUUUAACUUGAGCAGUG